AUGGCCGCAAACUGCACCCCCACUGCAGAGAUACCAAACCCUUGCACAUCUCUAGCAUUUUUAGCUCCUGAGUCAGCAAUGCAGCUCGAGGUGUCUCGAUAUCUCUACUGGGCUACAGUCGGGGCGUUCUUGUGGGACUGGACUAUAUCUUUACCAGAUGAAAUCCGAAUCUUCCGAAAAACAGGAAUUCGCCUUCCAGUUAUCGCCUACGUGCUAUCAAGAUUUGGCACUCUAGCCUAUAUUAUCAUCGCUACAGUCUUUCAAGCACUUCCGGUUCACGGAUCUUGCCAAACUAUUCUUUGGAUCAUUGGUUUCAGCUAUCCCUUUGCAGCACCCGCUACAGCGGCAUUAUUCUUCUUUAGGGUCCGUGCGGUCUACGACCGUUCAAUCAUCGUCACACUCAUAUUCGGAACAUUAUGGCUGGGGACAUUGGGUGCUGCGAUUGCACUCCCAUUUACGCUUAAAGGAGAUCACAUAGGAACGACAGAUUAUUGCAUUCAAACAUCUGUAGCACCAGGUGCUUCUGCUGUUGUUAUCAUAAACGCCUGCAGCGACACUCUCGUCUUCCUUUUCAUUUCAUGGCGCCUCGCACUCAAUAACUUUACUGCUGAAUCCUGGGGCACCCGUGUUCGUUCCUUCUAUAAAGGAGAUGGACUCCCCAGGCUCUCUAAAACCCUGUUGCAAAGUGGUCAGGCAUAUUAUUUGGCCACUGUUGGAUUGAACGUGGCAACCAUGAUCAUGAUCCUAGUUCCUACCGCACCUCCUGUAUACCACGCUUUUUUAUCGCUUCCCAACAUCGCCCUUGAAAACUCAAUGGCAUGUCGCGUUUUCCGGUCAAUCCAUCUCGGGACCAUCAGUUCCCAACCUGGCACCUCAUACUCGUCAGGUCGGGCGCCUUCCGGAAUCCGGUUUGUGGAUCGCCCUCCGCAUGCCAUUAGACCACAGCUGUACAGCGAUAUACACUCAACUCCACUCGACAUCAGCGUCACCACACAGCAUUCGAGUUUGGAUGACACGAACCAGAAAAAAAAUUCAUACAUAAUUGAACAGGAAACGACCGAUGUUGUCUAG